AUGACUACACCAUAUAGCUCACGUCUUCCGGUGGGAAACAAAGACUUCACUAAUGCAACGGUGGUCAUCAUUGGAGCCGGUAUCUCCGGCAUGAAUAUGGCUAUAGACCUCAUCAAACGAAACAAGUGUCGCAACUUCGUUAUAUUAGAGAAGAGCAGUAACAUAGGUGGCACAUGGAACGAUAACAAAUAUCCUGGGUGUUGCUGCGAUGUUUGGAGCGCUCUGUACAGCUAUUCUUUUGAGCAGAAAUCCAACUGGUCAAGAGAGUAUCCGGGUCAAGAGGAAAUAUACGCAUACCUCGUUGACAUCGCCGAAAAGCACGGGCUUUACAAGCACAUCCGGUUCAACUCUACCGUUGAAGAAGCUCGUUGGGAUGACAGCCAGUCAAAGUGGAACACCACAGUCAAAGUAACCGGUCAGAAAGAUAGCGAGUUCUCGAACUCCUACCUGAUCACUUCCGAGUUCCUCAUCUCGGCUGUCGGCCAGCUCAACGCACCCCAAACACCAAAUAUCCCUGGAUUAGAUGACUUCAACGGAAAGUUGAUGCACUCGGCACGAUGGGACUGGAGCUAUGACCUUGCCAAUAAAAAAAUUGCAGUCAUUGGGAAUGGGGCAACGGCGGCUCAGAUAAUCCCCGACAUCGCACCCAUAGCUUCUCAUCUGACUGUGUUUCAAAGAACUCCGAACUGGUUAAUUCCCCGUCUUGAUAAACCGGUCUCGUCUCUACAACGCGCUCUAUUGACCUAUGUUCCACCUUUGAGGUGGCGUAAACGUGCCUUACAAAUGGAAUACCGCGAGGCAUUUCACAGCGCCGUCUUUGACAGUGACUCGGAUUACGCUCAGAUGGUUCGGGACUGGUGCGAGGGAAUGCUCAAAAGCCAAUUGCCCAACAAGCCUGAACUCUGGGAGGCACUGACGCCUAAGUAUUCACCAGGCUGCAAACGUUUGAUUCUAUCCGAUGACUACUAUCCUGCCAUUGCGCGUGAAAAUGUUGAUCUUGAGACGCGCCCCAUCACACGCAUAACGGAGAAAGGUAUUGAGGUUGAGGGAGCCGGUGAACAGGAGUACGACCUGAUUGUGCUGGCCACUGGCUUUAGAACCGUCGAUUUCAUGUACCCGAUUCAAGUGUAUGGAUCAGGAGGCCGCCCACUAGCAGAGAUCUGGAAAAAUGGAGCGAGAGCCUAUUAUGGUGUCACGGUGGAAGAUUUACCCAACUUUGGAAUGUUUUAUGGACCGAAUACCAACCUCGGACAUAAUUCUAUCAUCCUUAUGAUUGAAGCUCAAUCUCGAUAUUUGAAUGCCUUGGUCGGCAAAAUCAUCCACGCUCGACGGAUGGGAAAGACACUUUCCUUAAAGCCAGCGCCAAAUGUGGUCGAGGAGUAUAAUGAAAGAAUCCAAGCUCUCUUACGGAAUAGCAGCUUUGCUGAUCCUAAAUGUAAUAGCUGGUAUAAGAGAGCCGAUGGAAUUAUCACUAAUAAUUGGUCUGGAACUGUUUUCGAUUAUCAACGAGAGCUAUCCAAGGUCAAAUGGGAAGACUAUGUUAUUGAAGGAUCCGGGCAGGAUACGAUUCUCAAUAAAAACUCUACUUAUAUCGGUCGGGUUCAUGAGGAGCUUUAUCUCAGCAACACUUCGCUUCUAUUUGGGGCCGCCGCUAGUGUGCUUGCGAUGGCAGGAGGCUAUAUUUUUGCUCGACCAAGGCUUGUCGGGGCACGUUGA